AUGAACCAGUCCCGAUGGAUUGAAUGGAGGACUCUGAAUAUGAGCAAUAGUGUUAUGAACAUAUCUGAGCACCUCUCCUGCCCUCUUGGAUUUGGUCACUACAAUGCAGUUGACAUUUGUAUCCUUGAGACAGUCGUUAUUGUCUUGCUAACAUUUUUAAUUAUUGCGGGUAACUUAACUGUGAUAUUUGUUUUCCACUGUGCUCCACUCCUGCAUCAUUACACCACCAGCUAUUUUAUUCAGACCAUGGCCUAUGCUGAUCUUUUUGUUGGAGUCAGCUGCUUGGUUCCUACUUUGUCACUGCUCCACUACUCAACAGGUGUCCACGAGUCCUUGACAUGUCAAGUUUUUGGAUACAUCAUCUCUGUGCUCAAAAGCGUAUCUAUGGCAUGUCUUGCUUGCAUCAGUGUGGAUCGCUAUCUCGCUAUAACAAAGCCUCUCUCCUAUAACCAACUGGUCACACCUUGUCGCUUGAGAAUCUGCAUCAGUCUGAUCUGGAUAUACUCUUGCCUGAUCUUCUUGCCUUCUUUUUUUGGUUGGGGAAAACCUGGUUACCAUGGAGAUAUUUUUGAAUGGUGUGCUACCUCCUGGCUAACUAAUGCCUACUUUACUGGCUUUAUCGUGUGCUUACUAUACGCUCCUGCUGCCUUUGUCAUAUGUUUCACCUAUUUCCACAUCUUUAAAAUUUGCCGGCAGCACACCAAAGAGAUCAGUGAUCGGAGAGCUCGGUUUCCUAACCACGAAGGGGAUGCUGCUGGGGAGACUGGGCACAGCCCCGACCGCCGCUAUGCCAUGGUUUUGUUCCGGAUAACCAGUGUGUUCUACGUGCUGUGGCUCCCUUAUAUCAUAUACUUUCUGCUGGAAAGCUCUAGGGUGUUGGAAAACCCAGCACUCUCCUUCCUAACUACGUGGCUUGCUAUAAGCAAUAGUUUCUGCAACUGUGUGAUAUAUAGCCUCUCCAACAGCGUGUUCAGGCUGGGACUGCGGAGACUGUCAGAGACAAUAUGUUCAUCUUGUAUGUGUUCAAAAGACAGGCAUGUACGGGACCCUAAACCGAGGAAACGGGCUAAUUCCUGCUCCAUUUAA